AUGAAACUCCCUUCCGAAAUACUUGACCAGGUCCUUGAUGGGUUGAUGGUCUACCAGCCAUUGGCAAAAGUCCGAGGCGUCUACUCUCUAGGCGACUGGAAGUUUUUCACGUCACACUCAGCGCGGCUUCCUGUUAAUACGCGACACGGUUCCGGCUCCUUGCAGAAGUUUAACCGGGGCGAACUGCCCCCCAUCGGAGGCGGCUUCUGGAACUUGCGCUUGGUCUCGCGCCAAUGGAACUCCUCCGUAAUCAGAAUGCUGCAGAAGCACGAAUGGUGGAGCGUACCCUUUGAUGAUCGGAAUCGUCUCGAGAAACUCAUCCGAAUCUGCGACGGGCCUGAUGGCGGUCCAUGUAGUUGGAUCAGAAGUCUCAGCCUCCACGAUCUCGAUGGACUACGAACUUUCUCGCGGUUGUACUCGUACGACUUUGAGAUGUUCGAAGGUCAGGAUGUCGAUGACGACUACAUCAUCUUGAACUCCUAUGUCGACAAACUUAGAACGACAGAUUGGUGGACCUCGAACCCGACACGCUCUAGGCACGAGCUCCAUUACGGGAAGAACAAUGAACACGCGCUUCUUCGACGCUUUUUUAACACUGUCAAGCACAUAGAGCGCUUCAGUGUUGAGUUCCCUGCGGCACACAGCAAACACGAUCUCAUGGCAAAUUGUUACGACAUGCAAGGCGUAGAUGAAGUUUUAGCAACAGUGAAACACGGUCUGACCAGUCCGGGAUUCCAACACUUAGUGGACCUCAGCUUUGCGGUGCCUUCGACGUGGCAUAUUGGACAAUUGGCUGGUGGCCUCUCUCAAGAUGUUCGGGAUCGCCUUAGGAAGCUACGCUUGGUUAUCGUCGACGAGACUGGACCGAGCGGAAGCGCACAAUACACCAAGAUAGAGGAGGAAAAUAACGACGGCGAUAGAACGACUAUCCUGGGAUCGGUUGCGCCGAGUAAUGUGCAGGCAACCUAUCCCAACAGAGAACAUCAGGACGCACUCUGGGCCUUGGUGGCAUCUUGCCCCAAACUUGAGGCACUCGGCAUCGAGGCGACGCAUUAUCUCUACUUGGACGUUCAGCAGUGGGACAAUCCCCGAUUCAAAUCCAAAUAUCUGCGCGACCUCUCGCUCCGCCGGAUAUGGACAAACAUACCGUCGCUUCUACAACUAUUGUCGGCGGUUCCGUUAUCGUCACAGGAUUCGGCGAUCCGCCGGGUCAACUUUGACGACGUCAAGAUUCACUGGGAUGGGGGCAAUUGGGAAGACGUUUUUGCGCACCUGAGGACGAACUGCCCUGAUCUUGAGAUCUUUCGCGCAGAACAGCUCAGCUACUUUUCCAACCAUCCGCGUUACGAGCACAACAACAGGCAGUGGGAGAACUAUAAUUCUAUUUGGACGGACGACUACGAUGAGGACGCUAACGAUAGGCUGUUCUUGCAAAUGCUCGAUAUGAAGCUUAUCAAGAAGGCUGGGUCGCGGGAGGAUUAUCCUGUUUCGGUGUAUGAUUACGAUUCUGAGAUGGAGGAAGAAAAACCAUAG